UGUACUCUCUCGCUCAAUUAUAAAGCAGGACCUCGACAUCACACGCGGCACCUGUCCAUUGCACACAUAGAGAGAGCGAGCGACGGACGACUUGCUGCUGGGAAGACGAUGGAGCAGAACACGGCGACGAAACCCAUCAGAUGCAAAGCGGCGGUGAGCAAGGUGGCCGGGCAGCCGCUGGAGAUGGAGGAGGUGGAGGUGGCGCCGCCGCGGGCGCACGAGGUCGGCAUCAGGAUUCUCUGCACCUCGCUCUGCCACACCGACGUCACCUUCUGGCGCAUGAAGGAUUUCCCGGGCCAGCAUCCGAUAAUCCUGGGCCAUGAAGCAGCCGGCGUGGUGGAGAGCGUGGGGGAGCACGUGCACGAGGUGGCCGUCGGGGACACGGUGGUGCCGGUGUUCUCGGCGCAGUGCGGCGACUGCCCCGACUGCCUCUCGGACCGCAGCAACAUCUGCUCCGGGCUCCCCGCCGGGCCCGGCAUGCCCCGCGACGGCACUACCCGCUUCUCCUUCGCCGCCACCGGCGAGCCCAUCCACAACUUCAUCGGCGUAUCCAGCUUCACCGAGUACACGGUUGUCGACGUGUCAAACGUCGUCAGGAUCGGGCCCGGCGUCCCGCCGGAGAAGGCCUGCCUGCUCAGCUGCGGCGUCUCCACCGGUGUUGGCGCGGCGUGGAAGGUGGCCGCGGUGGAGCCCGGGUCCAGCGUCGCCGUGUUCGGGCUCGGCGUCGUCGGGUUAGCGGUAACGUUCGACGACGACACCUCGGAAUCACAUGCCCCUGCUAAUAAUGUGAUGUCUGGUUCAAGUUGUCGGCUCGAAUGUUGGCCUGACGUUCUAGUGGUAGCACAAGGGUGCAGGAUGCGUGGGGCUAAGCAGAUUAUUGGAGUGGAUCUGAACCCGGAGAAGCGCGACAUCGGUAAGAGGCUGGGAAUCACCGACUUCAUCAAUCCGAACGACACCGGGGAGAAGGCCGUGAGCGAGGUCGUCAAGGAGAUGACCGGCGGCGGCGCCGACUACUGCUUCGAGUGCAUCGGCUCGACGUCGGCCAUGGCGGAGGCAUUCCAAAGCUCCCGGAAGGGCUGGGGGAAGACGAUCGUGCUCGGCGUCUCCAGCGGCGGCGCGCCGAUGAGCAUACCCCCGCACGACAUCCUCUGGGGGAGGUCGGUCGUCGGCUCGCUCUUCGGCGGGCUCAAGCCCAAGACCGACAUCCCGAUCCUGGCGCAGAAGUAUCUGGACGAGGAGCUGGAGCUGGACGAGUUCGUGACGCACGAGAUGGGGUUCCACGACAUCAACGCGGCGUUCGAGCUGCUCACGCAGGGGAAGUGCCUCAGGUGCAUCCUCUGGAUGGACGGGGCCAGGGAGAACGGUAGUGUCGGCGUGGAAAAUGGACGCGCGUGCAAGGCCAAGGCGUGACUGGCAUCGUUGUCCUCUCGUGACUAGCCACGAUAGUCAUUGCUCGUCUGUGGGCGACCUAUCAUUGUCCUGGGCUUCGCUGUAAUGUCGUUGUUCAUUUGCAAGCCAGAUGUGGUAAUUUAUUUUGCAGAGAGAAAUGCGUUUUUC